CGGGUCCCGAUUGCUGCAGCCGCUUGUCAGUGUGACGAAGAUUGGCACCCGAGGUUUCUGUCUUCCACCUUGUACAUAAGUGGGAUCUCUGUGCUGGAACAAGAUCAUGUCUUCAACUCAUUGAAGGAAAGGGAAUAUUUGUUCAUGCUUAUGAUGAUUUGACACACUUAAUGUCUUAAUAACCAUGAUGGCAACACAGACAUUAAGUAUAGACAACUAUCAAGAUGGACAACAGAUGCAAGUGGUAACAGAGUUAAAAACUGAACAAGAUCCCAGCUGCUCUGAAACUGAUGCCGAAGGGGUGAGUCCUGCCCCCGUAGAAUCUCAGACUCCAAUGGAUGCAGACAAGCAGGCCAUUUACAGGCACCCUCUAUUUCCCUUGUUAGCACUAUUAUUUGAAAAAUGUGAAGAAUCUACACAAGGCUCAGAAGGCACAACUUCUGCCAGUUUUGAUGUAGAUAUUGAAAACUUCGUAAGGAAGCAGGAGAAAGAAGGAAAACCUUUUUUCUGUGAAGAUCCAGAAACUGAUAAUUUGAUGGUAAAAGCAAUCCAAGUUCUGCGUAUCCAUCUGCUGGAGCUAGAAAAGGUUAAUGAACUCUGCAAGGAUUUCUGUAGUCGUUACAUUGCCUGCCUGAAGACAAAAAUGAACAGUGAAACUCUAUUAAGUGGAGAGCCUGGAAGUCCUUAUUCACCUGUGCAAUCUCAGCAAAUUCCAAGUGCCAUUGCAGGCACACUCAGUCCCCAAGGGAUCGUGGUGCCAGCAUCAGCAUUGCAGCAGGGAAAUGUAACUAUGGCAACAGUAGCAGGGGGGACAGUGUAUCAGCCAGUCACUGUGGUCACUCCACAAGGACAAGUGGUGACACAGGCACUGUCACCUGGGACUAUUCGGAUCCAGAACUCUCAGCUCCAGUUGCAAUUAAACCAAGAUCUAGGCAUCUUGCAUCAAGAUGAUGGCUCAUCAAAAAAUAAGAGAGGAGUUCUUCCCAAGCACGCUACAAAUGUGAUGAGAUCUUGGCUUUUUCAGCACAUAGGGCAUCCAUAUCCAACAGAGGAUGAGAAGAAGCAGAUUGCAGCACAAACAAAUCUGACACUACUCCAGGUUAAUAAUUGGUUUAUCAACGCUAGAAGGCGAAUUCUUCAGCCAAUGCUGGAUUCCAGUUGUUCUGAAACUCCAAAAACAAAGAAGAAAACAGCCCAGAACCGACCGGUCCAGAGGUUCUGGCCUGACUCCCUUGCCUCAGGAGUUGCUCAGCAGCAAUCGAAUGAGCUCACGAUGUCAGAUGGUGCUGUUGUGACCAUCACAGCUCCAGUGAACAUGAAUGUAGACAGUCUGCAGUCCUUGUCCUCAGAUGGUGCCACCCUGGCCGUGCAGCAGAACACUCAGGCACUUGCUGAGGUCCCCUUGAUUUCAGGAGGAUGAAGGAAUGUGCUGCUGGACAUGCUGAAGUGGCUGGAAGCUGGUCAUGGCAGAUUGUCUUCCAAGGCAAGGUUGAGUUGGUAGGAAGAAAAGCUUCAGGAAGAAAUAUCAGUGCCAUACACACAUGGAGAAUAACAGGCGUUUGCAGUGACUGGGAGGUUUUUUGUUUUUUUUUUUUUUUUAAUGGUUUUUACUCAACACAAGAGCUGUUUCUGCUCUGGCUCUCACUGAGUCCUGGCUGAGGAUCUUCCUUAGUUCAAGUGCUGUCAUGAUCUGCUCCACUGGACUGGUGAUUUCUAAGAAUUUGUUUUCUUCUGACUUCUCUGCUUUGCCACUGAUGUGCCAUGUAUGUUAAACAGCACAGUAAAUGAAUAAUGAAAGAUGAAUUAGGAAGGCUUUGACAUAGCAUGGCUAUCUCAAAGGCUGCUGUCAAAUCCAGUUUGUCCCCAAAACACUUUAAAAGACAAAGCAUGUACAAAUCCUGCUCCUUUGGAAGCAUUCAGCCUACUGCCCCCACAAAAAAUAGUUCAGAUUACUGGAACUCAGAUUCUGUAUUUUUGUUUUUAAUUGUUUUUAACUCCAAGAGUGCUUCAUUACCCCCACCGUUUCCAUUUAGUAAUUCAAUAGCAGGUUACAUUUGUUGGUUUGUUUGGGGUUUUUAUUGGAAACAACCAGGCCUCAGGGUUUGCAAACUUCUGAAAGUUUAUUUUUCAGAAAGAAGCCAUUUUCUAUUUAGCUUUUUUUUUUUUUAAUUAUUACUCCCCCCACCUUACAUGCAGCAGAAGUUCUGUUCUUCCAAAACAUGACCUUGUCUUCAGCUACUUUAUCAGUUCCUGGAGACUGAAGUUGACAGAGUUUACCGUGAAAGUGGAAUAUGGAAUAGUUUCAGUGUCAGAUUAGAAACAUUAAAAAAAUACAAGGACUUGAAUUCCUAAAACUGAAAAGGCUUCACCAGUGUAAAAGUAGCGCUUAACAUGUGAAACUCAAAUAUUUUCUUUCAAUUCAGUGAGAAUUCUGUAGUGGGUGUGAACUGCAGGGAAGUGCUUGUUCUUUUCAUGAUUUAAAAGAAGAAGAAACAAAUGGAGUAUUUUUUUUUUUUUUCCUGUGUAGGAAAGAUUGCUGGUUCCAGCAAAGCAUCACCAUUGAGAAAAGGUACAUGUUUACAUUAGUCAAAAAGUCUUUACAGGGGACCUGACUUCAAGUCUGUGUAUAAUUCCCCCUGCCCCCAAUUAAAGUCAUAUUCAUAUGCAAUAGAACUAAAUUGGUUUUUGAAUCAAUGUGAUUCUUCUGCAAAUACGAUUAUUGAAACUUUUUUUUUUUUCACUCUAACCAAAAACAGGGUUCUCAGUCCAAUUUUUUCAAUAUUCCUGGAACAAGCAAGGCAAUUUUCUGUUAUGUUUUUUUUUAACUUUGGAAGCAUUGCAGUUCAGUAAAUCAAUUCCAAAACGAUCAGGAUAAGUUUCUGAAUGACUGUUACAAAGAAAUAAUCACAUCAGAAAAUACUCAGAAUCAACCCUGGCUCUGCAGAAGUUUUUCUCCAUCUGGAUUUUGUGUCACAGUGGAGUCCUGCUGACCUCAGGGAAGCUCCAGAGAUCCAUGUCAGGCUGCAUUUACCUUUUCCUCGUUCCUGAUCUCUGUCAAGAAUCUCUUGGAGAGCCCUCCAGCUCUACCUUGCCUGCACACCUGGGUCUUCUUCCAGUGGAAACCUGGGAAUGCAUGAAGGGCUUGGCAGGGCAGGAUUUCAUGGCAACCUGGGGUGCAAGGAAUUUUUUUUUUUUGAUGUUCAAAAUGCACAGUGAGGAAUUGCAAUUCCCACAGUGAGGAAUUGCAGUUCCCAGUUCCUGUGCUUCCAAAGUAGCUUUAGGUUUAUGGAUAUUGGAGUGGAACAGGAGCACACGUGGCUCAAGCCCCAGCUCCUGGCCUGAGGUUGGCUCAGCUGGUCAGAGAGAGGUGCCAGUGACACCCAGGGCACAGCUCUGAUCCCCUGUGGGCCAUUCCCUGGGGAGCUGGACUCAUUGUGGGUCCCUUCCACCUCAAAGUAUUCUGUGAAAGAAUACAUGGAUUUGUUUCUGGAAGAAUCACAAGUCCAGCUUCCUGACUUUAGGAACUUGGCAGCCCAUGGGAUAAAACAAAGCCUUUCCAAGGGAUGAUAGUUGCACUUAAACAAAAAUCCAGAGCGCCCUGGUGUUUUGAAAAAUUGGAACACAUGCAUUUAAUUGUAAUUAAAGUUGAUUUAACAUUUUCUAAAGUUCAGUUGUCUUGGGAGAAAAAAAAUGAGUAAGUAUUUGUCUAUGCAAGACACAAAUGUCAAAAAUGUGUGAAUUACCCAUCUUUAGGUACUGUAUUGUUAUUGUCUUUCUGACUUCUGUUCCUUUGAUAAGUCUCUUCAAACUUUCAGCCUUACAUUUGGCUUAGAGUUGAAAAGGCAAAAUGUAGCUUUGAAAUCCUGUUGAAAAUGUAACUAACCUUCGUUCCCUCAUGAAAAUCUCGCAUGUCAAACAAUUAAGUGAAAUGUUUUGGUUUCCUAAUAAUAAAUUCAAACUCUCACCACCUCCUGCAAACAGCAUAUCCAUGAACGUGCACGUUUAACUGUGGUGUGCAAACCACCCAGCCAUCAGCUGGAUGCACUUCGCUCCUCGCUCUGGGGCAGAGCUGAGGACAAGAGCAGGUUCAUUUUGCCAAACUCAAACUCAGCGUGGAUUCCUUCACCCCCUCCCCUGCCCUUGGCCUGCUAAACUCCUUUGGGUUGUUUAAUUUUCAAGUCCUACAGUAACCUGAUGGCCCAGUGCAAAAUGCAGUGAAAUUGGCACCGAUGUGCUUUUCAGUCAUUGUCCAAAUCAGGUAAUUUGUUCAUUCCUGACACCUGGAAAUACAACAUCCGUUCCUUUCCUGUGACUUAGUUCUUUAGGACCUGCUGAGUGAUCACAGUUGGUUUUGCCAGAGAAAAGCAAGGUGUGAGAAGGCAGGGAAAUGCCUUCCCAACAUUGUAGACACCCAUAAAGCCUCAUAGUUGGUGUUAAUAAAACCCAGUGUUUCAGGUCUUGACAGAAGCUGCCCAUAACCUGCCCAAGGAUUAGCAGCACUGGGUCUGUACAAUCGACAAUCUUUAAAAUGUGAACCCUGUAACUUUUCUUUCCUCGGUUGUUAAGGGAUUUUGAAGCAAUUGCUCUAUCAAGGGAUGAAAUUAAAAAUGAGAAUAUGCUUCAUGGA